CAACGAUCAAUUAGGUUAGAACAGAUGUCGAACCGGGUGGUUGCUCGCACCGACAUGGUCUGGAGCAUGCUCCCGUCGGAGAAGCUACUGGCAGAUAAAGGACGGACGGGCCCAAAGCCCAAACUGGCUGUCCAACGUUCCAGGUACAGCGCCGUCUUUCUUUUUGACUUCCUUGGUUCCCUAUCGCUCCUCGCAACCCUCCCACCGCCACCUCGUCGCUGGCUGUGUGGCCCCCGCCCCUUUUGAAACCCGACGUCUCGGCUCGACCUGCUGCAGAGCUCUGGCCUGCUGUCGGUGUCGCGUGCUGGCCACCCGUCACAGCUCCUGAGAAGGCGCAAGCUCUGCAGAGUUCGUUGAUGCGGCAGCGUCCGUCCCGUAUUUAAACGUGAACUGGCCCGAGUCAGAGCUUGCGACUCGAACACCUCCUGUCGGAGGCCACCAAGUCGUGCAUCCACCGCUACUUCUCCAGCCCCUGUUGAUCUGUUGUCCUCACAAACCGAAAACGGCAUCUUACAACAGCCUUCUCAGCUUCUCAGCUUCUCAGCGACCUUAUCUUGUCUUGGCCGCCUUGCCUCUCAACGCCGAGUGCGGGUUCCUGGGCGCCAAGUCUUCCACUGCCCCCUUCAAGAACACGGCUCAUCACGUCCUUCUUUCCUCUCUCCAACCUGUGCUCCCAUCCAUCUGCCUGCUCUUGUCUGCCAGCUUUUGUCUGCCAAGACUCCAUCCAACAGCGCGCGCCCCCAAGGUCCGUGAUGACCUGACAUCAUGCUUUCCCAAACCGCCGAGGGCUGCAGGAACAGAACAUCGACGAGCUCGGCGACGCACAUGGAUCCCGUGACGAGAAGUCGCCCCCACCUACAAUCAUCACCAGUACUGCUGCCGUCAUCAUGGCUGCGCCGUUGUCGCGCCGGCCAAGGCCAAGCAGGGCCAAGCUUGGCUCGAGGCUGAGCAGGCCCUUUUAUACCUCGACCCUGAUCAUCACUCUGCUCGCGGCGUAUGCGCUGUUUGUGCGCCGGGCCGGUGUGUCCGGCUCGCACCAGUUGUCGCCGCUUCGCGCCCGGGCCGAGAAUACUGAGUGCCGGCUUGUCUACCUUGCCAAGGACAAGUGCGCCUUCGUGCGUGCGCACUGCAAAGACGACGAGGCCGGUCUGUUGUCCUAUCUCGGCUUGUACUAUUGCGACCUGGCGCACGCCCAAGCCUUCGCCUUUGCUCUGCUCACCGCCUGGCUGGGCCUGCUCUUCACCACCAUCGGCAUCGCCGCAAGCGACUUUUUCAGCGUUAACCUCAGUACUAUCGCCAACAUCCUGGGCCUCAGCGAAAGCCUUGCCGGCGUCACCUUUUUGGCCUUUGGCAAUGGCUCCCCGGACGUCUUCAGCACCUUCGCGGCCAUGGGCUCCAAUAGCGGUAGCAUGGCCGUCGGCGAACUGAUCGGCGCCGCCGGCUUUAUCACCGCCGUCGUUGCCGGUUCUAUGGCUUUGGUGCGCGAGUUCAAGGUCACCAAGCGGACAUUUGUGCGCGACGUUUGCUUCUUCAUCUUCGCCGUAACUUUCUCCAUGGUCUUCCUUGCCGAUGGCAAGCUCCACCUCUGGGAAUGCUGCGUUAUGGUUUCGUUUUACCUCUUCUAUGUCGUCAUGGUAGUUACCUGGCACUGGUUCUCGACACGCCGCAAGAGGAGGCGGCAGAGGGAGGCGACCGCCCGUGCACACUUUUUCGGGACCACUGGUGAGCCUUCGGACGAGCUCGAGCCCUACAGGGACGACGACGGAGACGACGAUGGAGACGACGCGGCCCCCGUAGGCGCACGCGCGAGCCGUGCUGCCUCGGAUGCCAUGCCUGACAUUAGCGUCCUCGAACGCGCCACGCCGCGGAUAGCGGUCGGUGAUGUCGGCGCCCCCGAGGAUGAGGAUGACAUCGAUCGGGAUAUGCAGGUGGCCGCUGAGGUGACCAACAGCAUGCGUGUCAACCGGCCCCGCGGCUCGAGGAGUAAUACUACUCUGGGCCAGAUCAGGCCGAGUUUCGUCGGCGCGCUCGAGUUUCGGUCAGUGCUCGCGUCACUGCAAAGGGCAGGCAGCACGUCGGGCAACGUGCCGCUGGCGCCGAUGCAUUCCAGGGGGAAUUCGGAGAACAUAGACCCGGCAUCUGUUGCCCGACUGGUGCUGGAGGAGCCGGCCGGCUUCGAUUGGCCGUCGCUCCCGCGCGAUGGCAACUCCUCAGCGGGGAGAGACAGGGCUCGGUCCCACGGUAACCUCCCACUGGACUGGAGUUUUCCCGCUGCGCCUGCAAUAGUGAUGGAGUCGCCCACAAGCCCCCGAUCUCCUCCAGAAAACGGCCUGCGGUUGGGUGGGGAGGCGCCCCUGGAACCUGGCCCGUCGGGCGUCACCAAGGAUGGCGCCCUCGCGCCGCCGCCCAUCGACAUGCACCUGCGCCCGCCUACCUAUGAUGCCGAGGCUCAUACACCCGAGAGCACUGCGGUAGCGUCGCCGGCCAGCCUCAGUCUCCAGAUUCCAAGCCCCCAGCCGCAGUCGAGUGGCUAUUCAUCGCCUUCACUAUCAGCGUUCCCCAUGCUGUCCGAGUCGCCGAUGCUCAUGUCUCCCAACGCGCACUCGCCCCUGAUCACUGCUCAGGCUUCUCCCUAUAUGGACAAUGGGGGCUACUUUGGCCUCGAGGUCCAGGAGCGCCGCUGCAAGCCUGUCCGGUGGUGGCCUUAUUCGGUGCUUCCUCCUCCCCAGGUCAUGAGCAACUCGCUCUUCCCCACUCUCCAGGGCUGGGCAGACAAGUCUAUCUGGGACAAGUUCGCCAGUCUGAUUUCUAUACCAAGCAUCUUCUUGCUGGUCAUCACACUGCCCGUGGUUGAAAGCGAUGUUCCGGGCAUGAAUGACCCCGAAGCCGACCUAGCCGCUGACCGGUCCCGCCUCGGAGGGUCGGGCCUGGCUGCUGACGCUGACUCGAUGGGGCGCCGCGCGUCAGUCGAGCCCGAGACGGAGUGGGAGCGGUAUCGACGCAACAGCCGUGACGCACGUCCGUCUAGACACACAACCCCCCUAAUCUCAUCCGGGCUUGGGCCACCCUUGCUUGUGGUGCCUGAUGUAGGCUCUGCCAGCGGGGUGGGAGGCACUGCGCUCUCGCCACAAGUGGCCAAGAGGGAUCAGCACUCCCCACGACUGACUUCUGGUAGCGACACGCUGGAAAGCGACGACAGCUUGGGGUGGAGCCGUUGGCUGGUGUGCGUACAACUCUUCACUGGGCCUCUGUUCACGGUGCUGAUUGUGUGGGCCAAUAUGCUGGAGGACUUGGAGCAUCCCGGCAAGGUGCUGGUAAAAAUGCUCCUCUGCUCGCUGGUACUCUCUCUUGUACUCCUGGCGGUCAUGCUCUCGACAACGUCGCCCGAUGUGCGGCCCCGCUACCACUUCCUGUUCUGCUUUCUCGGAUUCAUCAUUAGCGUGGCAUGGAUCUCGACGAUAGCAGGCGAGGUUGUUGGGGUGCUCAAGACGCUUGGUGUCGUCCUGGGUAUCUCCGAGGCGAUCCUCGGACUGACCAUAUUUGCUGUCGGAAACUCUCUGGGCGACCUUGUCGCCGACAUCACGGUCGCGCGACUUGGCUACCCGGUGAUGGCACUAUCUGCGUGCUUCGGCGGGCCGAUGCUCAAUAUUCUUCUGGGGAUUGGAAUAGGGGGCGCCUGGAUGACCAUCAAGGCGGCCAACGAGAGCCACGGCAAGCACCCAGACAUACCACUGACGUACAAGCCGUACCACGUCCAAGUCGGGGGCACGCUGAUUGUGUCGGCCUUUACCGUGCUUCUGACUCUGGUCUUUUUGCUCGUCGCCGUUCCGACCAACAACUGGAUCAUGAGCAGGAAGAUCGGCUUCAGCCUGAUAGGGAUCUGGAGCAUCAGCACCAUGAUCAAUUUGAUUGUCGAGAUGGCUGGGGCUUGGACAGAGAUUGCCCAAGGCGCCCGAUGAUGGGUCAGUCGAGGGCACUGCCAAGUAGCUGUCGGCUGUCGGGUUCUCCAGGAUACAAGAUUGAAUCAUUGUUCAUAAUGCAUUGGUAUUCAUAUGCAACUGGGAUAUACCUACCUAGUACAUACCUACCUACUACCAAGCUCGCUGCCUUUGUACCUACCCCUACCUACCUCUACCUGGUACCUCUACAACAAGCGGGGCGAUACCCAGCGCUCGGCUGCUGAAUCGCCAACAGGUGCCGAAGGCAUCCUCCAUGUGUAGGAUGGAAGCGUUGGAACAAGGAUUUUCAAACAAAUGAAUCCGUACAAUUCUAUGGCAUUUGAUCUGAUGGUGUGUAUGAACGACUGGCUCGGGCCGAUAGAUCUCAACACCAUCUUUGGAGUCUCAGACGGGUGCUGGUGGGACAGAGCCAAGCGUGCAGCAGCCAGCUGUGGUUGAGCUCCGCCUGUGGUUCCUCCUGGCGGGGGUGGGGCUCUUUACCAUCCAACCGCUGAAACUCGUGCCGUUGUGAGGGCACUCUCGUUGGUGCAGCGUUGGAGCUCAAACAACGGGUCUGGUGGGUUGGAGCUUGAGCUUGGUAUGGCUGCAUGGGAAAUGCAUUGAAUUGGACGAGGAAGCAGCCUUGCGGGUCCAUUACUCAGGUCGGGGUCGUUGUUGUAUCCAUCUACAUCGCCAAAAGCUCCGACUCUUACCGCCUCGUCCCCGCGCUGUGCUCCCCAACACUUGAAAAAAAG